AUGAACGGCGAUCCCAACGACGAACUCUAUUACAUGCAGAAGUCUUAUCUUGAAGCCAUUUCUAUACCUGAGGCUUGGGAUAUCCUGGACUCCACUGCCAAGAGAACACCUGUGACUAUCGCAGUUAUUGACGACGGAAUCGAGGCCACCCACCCUGACUUGAAGGGUGCCGUCAUCAAGGGCUACAACGUCGUUGAUGAGAAUGAUGAUACCAGUCCUCGAGGACUGCAUGGAACCUGCAUGGCUGGCAUCAUUGGCGCUAUCAGGAAUAACAACAUCGGUAUUGCGGGUAUUCUGGACAGUGUGCGCAUACUGCCCAUAUCCACGGAUGAGUUUUCGGCUUGGCCCUUCAUCGAGGAUGCUUUCACCUACCUGAUCAAUGAGAGGAAAGAUGAUGUGAAAGUUAUUCUCAUGACGGAAGGUUCCGAUUCAAGUGGACCCCAAUUCAUUGACGACAAGAUUCGGGAAGCAACUGCAGCUGGCAUGCUCGUUGUCGUCACCGCAGGGCAUGCGCACCUGGAUCUGGACAUAUAUCCAGACUUCCCUUGUUCCUUCGACCGUUCACCCACUGAUGGAGUGAUAUGUGUGGCUGCAACAGAUGGUUCCAAGAUGCGGCUUUCUGAUGACAGUAAUUUCGGUUCAGCUGUUGACAUUGCCGCUCCAGGUGAGGGAAUAGUUACAACUGAUCUCAAAGGGAAGUAUAGCCAAGAUACGGGUACUUCGGUUUCCGCCGCUAUCGUAGCAGGUAUAGCUGGGAUGCUCUACAGCCUUGAACCUUCUCUGAAGAAUAAGCUGGCCCCUGCUGACAUCAAACGUAUCAUCAAGGAUACGGCCACCCAAGGUCUCAAGGACAGUAAAGGGGAAAAGACCCUUCCCUUCGGCCGCGUGAAUGCUGCGGCGGCUGUCAAUAAGAUACUUGAAGGAAAGAAGGUUUAA